AUGCCACCAAGAACACGUAAUAAUAGUAGAAUUCAAGAAAAAGUAGUACAGACUACUUCAAUUCAAAAUAAACAGAAACUAACAUAUACUAGGCAAAAAAAAGCAGAAACGCUGCAAUCUACUAUAAUUGGUGUUGAAGGGUCGCAAAAAAAACAAAAACGAUCAUAUACUAGUAGACAAAAAGAAGCAGCAAUACAACUAUCAGAUGUCUAUACUAUAAUUGAUGUAGAAGAGCCAUUGACACAGCAAUUAGAAGAUAGUAUUACGCUAAAAGAAAGCAAUGCACUUAUUGAUUUUUUAAAUGAAACUAAUGAUUAUUUGUCUGAUACCGAAGAUGAUGAAACCGUCCAAAAAGAAGUCACUAAUAAAAAUGAUCUGGAAAAAUCAUCACGGCCACAACCAACUAUGCCACCGAAAAACCAGCAAAAAACAACAAAAACAGCAAAUACUAGGAUUGGCGUUUAUGAAAUAGAUGAUGAUGAGGAAGCCGUUUCCAACCUAGUAAAGCUUAACGACAAGAAAGCCACUAAAAAUGUAUCUGGAGCCGUGGCAGGGUUAAAUACGAAUUCUACUCCUGUGGCACUUAACAAUAUAGGAAAUAUGUUUGAAAUAUGUAUAUGGCUGUCAAAUAAUCCGCAUAUUUUACAAGUAGCAAAUCAACUUUGUGCUAUGAGAAAUAUGUCACCACAAUCCUUUGAUAAUGAAAUAACAUCUAAAACUUCGACAGUUUUGACAGCAUCAUCAGUGCCAACACCACAAUCUGACGACAAGGGAUCUGCACGUCUAUGGUUGGAAGAAGCAAAAUGUUUAUUUUUACGAUGUCGAUCACCACCUGCGUCUAGUAUUGAAGAACUCAUUAAAGAAAUAUUUGGAUACGAGCCAUAUACCGAUAACGCCAUAGACAUUAUUAAACAUACAAAAAAAGUGAGGGUUACGUUAAAUGACCUUGAAAUUGAGGAUUUUAUAGAUGAAGCAGUAGCCAAUAAAGUAUUCUCCAGAUUUCUUGCUGCUACAAAUAGACGACUUUUUAAUGAAAACGGAAAUAUGGAAAUAUUAGUAGGGUUAUUACAAUCUGCAUUUAAAGCUAGUUUCAAUAAACGUGAUAUAAAAUCUAUCAAAGCACUGGAUGCUAUUACAUGUAAUAUGCAAGUAUUUUCAAAAAGUGGCCGUAAUAUCGCUAUGAAUUUGGAAUUAUAUUAA